AGUCGACGACCAUGGCAAACUGGGGUGUGCGAUGGAAUCCAUGGGACCAGGGGUACUCGGCGCUGGAGGUGGACCAGAUGACGUUCCUGCAUAAGACGUACUGCGAGGUGUACAAUAAGGAGCCGAAGGAUCUGCCGCACAUCCUCAAGAUGGACGACGCGUUCAAGGUUCCGCUGUACAUGCCCGUCGUCGGCGACUUCGACGAACAUACGUUUGUCCGAAAGAUGCAGGACAUGGUGGGAUUGUUGAAGAAUCCCGCCGAAGGUAUUAUUUCCAGCAUUUGUGCCUACCAGACCGAGCGGCGCGAGCGAAAGAGCUUCAACAUGUACAUGAACGACCCGAGGACUCUUCUACUCGAAGAAAUCAAGGCGUGGGCCUUGAACGUACUCGCAAGCGCUUCGUGCACGACAGAAUACAUUGUGAAUGAAGUUGAGAACCGCAUGCAAUACAUCAAGAAGAUUCAGUACGGGCAGCAGAAACUCUUCACGAGUGGCAGCGGCGAACGCUCGUUGAUGGCGACGCUCAAGGAUGUGCGCGAGAUCCUCGAAUACAGAGUGCUGCCAAUCAUUGAAACUGAGCGCGCACAUGCGUCUGCCAAAGAACAAUUGACCGUACUCGAAGCAAAGGGGCAGGACGCGCUCGUCCACGGAGUUCAAUUUCUCUUCUACGUGUUUCGCAACACGCCAAAUGCCCCAACCGACUGUACAAUUGGGAAUUUGCAAUCGCAACAGCAUGCGGGCAUGAAGGAAGCCAUGAGUACAAAGUCGGGUCAAAUGCUGCAGCUACUCCUUGAGACACCCGGGUUUAAGGAGCUCUUUCCGGCAUCGCCGUACGCCACGAGUCAAAAGGAAAAGGCCAACUCACCACAGCAGUUGCUCUUGACGAACACCCCCGACGAGAAGAAAUUGCUCGCUCAAACGGCGGUGUUUUGCGAUGACCAUCAGAACGCGAUUGUCCCAGCUAUCUUGGGACCGAUGACGAACCCCGCAGAUUUUUUGAAACAAUCCAACUCGGGCGUGGUGACGCUGCCACCCGACACUGCCGGACCGGCAUUUGAUAAAUUUUGCCGACUCCACGCAAUGCUGAAGCUCAUGGCGGAUUUGAUCGUGAGCUGCAGAAAGGCACGGCUGCUUGCUGGCCCAGGGGGCGACUUGCUCGUGUACGGACCUGGUGGGGACGCCGUUCGCCGGCUGCUGCAGUCGUGGCAGGCUGUGCAAAGUGAAAUGCGCCAACUGGUGACGGAUAUGACGACGAUGGGCGUGCAAGAACUUGACAAACUUAAGACAAACCAAGAACGCAACUGGCGCAACUGUUUCAAAGAGGUGCUGAGCAUUCAAGGUUAUAUCAACAACGACAUUGCGGCAUGCGUGGAGCCGAUUCAAUUGAUCUACCGAAACACUGACCCAGCCAAGGUUCAGCGCAUGUUGAAAGAGUUUCGAGAGGCGACGGGCCAAUGGGUCGAAGAAAACAGCACAAUCUGUUCGCAAAUCAGCGGCACCCUAGGUCUACCCGCCCCGGCCAUGCCCCGAUCACUUGAAAAGACAGCAGACGUUGAAAUGAUCGAGGACGAUUCCACGGACGACAAGGAACUGACUAAUUCAAAAUCUGCAACUUCGUCGUCGUCAGCCCUGGUGCUUUCGACUUCUGGAGUUGCUCCUCCGUCGAUCACGUCGUCGUCGUCUAUCUUGUCGCUGCCGCCGAAAUCGUUGAAAGCCAAAAGCUCGUCGGAGAACAAUAAUUUCAUCGACAGCAUUGGGAAAUCGGUCGUGUCCAUUUUCAGUGGAAGCAAUGCCAAUGCGACAAGUAGUGCAGUGUCGGGGCAAGCGAAGGGCGACAUGAAUGCGAUCCCACCAGCUCCGAAAUCGACCCCCGUGGCCCAAAAAGACCUCACUAACGACCCUCCUCUUGGCACCUUGGAUUCUCUCUUGAUGGUGCGCCACGUCGUUCAAGCGAUGGGGAGUUUGAGCUGGAGCACUCGAUCCACGAUUCAAACAUGCAUGAGCCCCGAAAACGACCGCGAAUAUGACGCGUACGUGAUUAUGUGCGCCGUGUACGAAGCGGUGGGGGUUGACACGGCGACGACGCUGUGGGGUCAAGUCACCAUGUACCGCCAUCAACUCCUGCACUCGUUGCAAAUGCACCUGUCGUUUUUGCUUCAUGUCAUGCAAGUACUGCAGCAUCGGAUGGUUGUGUGUUCGACUACGUCGGCCAACGCCUCCGACAACAUUCGCUCGAUAAAGGGCAUGCGUCUAUUGUUUGAAAAAAUCAAGCCCGCGCUUUUGGACUUGCGAUCCCAGCUGCAUGUGUUGGAAGCGACGUGGACUAAGAUGGUCGAUGCAUGCGCGACCAUGAAGCAAGGAAUGGAAGCAGCGGUGGUGCACAUGCCAUCGCUCGACCCAAAGGAAGAAGCUGACGGGAUGGCCAUGUACGCGUUAAAUGGCAUCGGUACCAUUUCCAACAUUGGCAUGAACAAAAACGACACAUCCGCGUCGGCUAUUCAAUCGCAUAUGGCGUACAUGGAGCAGCUUGAAUCGCAGCUCGACAAUCACAAACGUACGUUGGUGACGUUGCAAAACAGUGUCGCGGCCGGGGAAGGUGCGGUCUCGACGGCCCUCGUCAAGCUCCAGGUGCGUGCGUCGUGGGCUCACGAGACGACUUGCAUGUUCAUUGGGGAUGACUACAAUGUUUGCUCCAGGCCCUGGAAGACGACAUGACGUUUCGCAAGGCGAUUGCAGACGGUCGCCUGCUACAAAAACAAGGGGAUCCCAAGGGGGGGCCAUUGCCACCCAACUUGAUGGCCGACAUGGGCUACAUUUUUGGGGUACGGGUUGACGUGGAGUGCGCAUUCAACGAAAUUCCCUGGCUUGACCGUGGUUGGGAUGACGCGUGGUGGAGGUUGAAGUUGUAUUCAUAGGCGGUGUACGAGCAUGGACUGGCCAACGACGCGGUCGUGCGUGCGUGCGUGGACGACUUUUUCCAGAGCGAACUGAAACAUUUGAAGGCAGUCGUGGCCCAAAUCAAUUGAGUAAAUAAAGCAUUCCAACGGCGUCAGGAAUACACGUACGCUUUUUAUGCCCGCGGCUUUGUGUUUCCUGCGCGUGUCGGCGUUCGAAUGCAUUUUCAAGGGAUGGAACGGACUACGGGAAGCGCAAUGGGAUGAGCAAGUGGCCGAAUUUCGAUUUGUCACACAACGACACGUUGGAUAUG